GCUAUUAUCUGUAAACCGAAGAGCAGCUAACGAUUUCUAACGCGACGCCGAGAGACGAAUAGAGACAACUAUGAACUGGACGACAAUGGUCUCGUUGGUAAACGGCACGGCCGACGACUACGAGGACCCGACGGGCACGGAGGAGACGGUCGCUUGCCGAUCGACUUUCGGCGACCGGUUCCCGCUGUCGGCGGUGUUGAUGGUGUUCUGCAUGGUGACCGUGUUCGGUAACUGUCUGGUCAUCAUCGCCGUGGUCCGGGAGCGGUACCUGCACACGGCUACCAACUACUUCAUCACGUCGCUGGCGUUCGCCGACUUCCUGGUCGGGCUGGUGGUGAUGCCGGUGAGCGCCGUGCAGGAGGUGCUCGACCACUACUGGACGUUCGGCAUAAACGCGUGCGACGUCUGGCGGUCGCUGGACGUGCUGUUCAGCACGGCGUCCAUACUGAACCUGUGCGUGAUAUCGCUGGACCGGUACUGGGCCAUCACCGACCCGUUCACGUACCCGACAAAAAUGAGCCGGAAACGGGCGUACCGGCUGAUCGCCGCCGUGUGGGUGUGCAGCGGCGUCAUCAGCUUCCCGGCCAUCAUAUGGUGGCGGCUGGUCCGCACCGAACCCGUUCCCAGCAACACGUGCCCGUUCACCAACAGCACCGGUUACCUGAUAUUCUCGUCCACCAUAUCGUUUUACGUGCCGCUGCUCGUCAUGGUGUUCACGUACUACAAGAUUUACACGGCGGCCGUCACGCAGACCCGGUGCCAGCGGCUGGGAACCAAAGUGCUGUCGUCCACCCCGUCGUCCGGCGGCGGUUCCGGUGGCGGAAGCGGCAGUGGCGGCGGCGGCGGUUCCGGUGGCGGAGGCGGAGGAGCCGCCGGUGGUCGGAUGGAGCUCACGCUGCGAAUACACCGGGGCGGCGGCACGACCACGUCGGCGUCGGCCGCGCACGGCGGCGGUAGCGGAGGCUACACGCGAGCUCACCAGCUGCAGAAAAACUUCUCGCUAAGCCGGAAGCUGAGCAAGCUGUCCCGCGAGAAGAAGGCGGCCAAGACGCUGGGCAUCGUCAUGGGCGUGUUCAUCGUCUGCUGGCUGCCGUUCUUCGUCGUCAACCUGCUGUCCGGGUUCUGCGACGAGAGCUGCGUGUUCAAGGACCAACUGCUAUCGUCCGUGGUCGCCUGGCUCGGGUGGAUCAACAGCGGCAUGAACCCCGUGAUCUAUGCCUGUUGGAGCAGAGACUUUCGCAGGGCAUAUGGUCGAAUAUUGUGUGUAUGCUGUCCUAGAAAGGUACGAAGAAAAUAUAGAAGACCGCUACGCUACAGGUCCAGUCAAUACAUGGGAGCAUCCAUGGUAUUAGCUCCGGCCACGGUCACAUACGCUACUGUCAAUCAACAAGACAUGUUCAACAUCUGAAACGAUCUUAAAAACUUAAAAUAGUUGAGUGGGCGGGCGUGAAAACUCCAAAAUGGAAGAUUCGCAUCGAGAUAUCAAUCAUAUAAGUAUAAUGUUGUGUUGAUAUUUUUUUCAUUUUUUUUUUUUUUUGCAUCUUCUAUAAGACCUGAGUCGUAUGAUUGGCUACAAGAUAAAUAUAUAUUAUUGUUCCAAUGAUAUUUUUUAAUGCGGUCUCUUAAAAAGAUUUUUCGGUGGACAGCGAUCUAUCCCGUGAAAAGAUCGAGACAGCACCGUUGACGGGAUGAAAUAUAGUAAUAAGUUUUCAUUGGUCUUCAAUCACCUCUU